AUGCUGUCCAACGGCGUCGACGGCGAUUUCGAAGUGUGGCACGACUACAUCAGCGUACCACAGAUAUACAGCUCCGCCGCAUUGACGGUAAUGCACUUCGACGACGUCACGCCCGCCAUGAUUCGGGCAUUCACACACGGAAAGACGGACGAGGAGCGGAUACAGGGCAUGCUCGGCAUCUGCAACGCAAAGUGGUACAGCCGCGUGUGGACAGCCAUGGAGUACAUCCGCAGCCCGAAAGUGCGGUUCAUGGACUCCGAGUCGAACAUCUACAGCGAUGACGGCGCGGAGCACCUCUUCCAAAACCGGCUCGACCUGUUCUGGAAGGAGCAGGUUGCCAAGUCGAGCUCCACGCACGAGCUCGAGGCCCGCAUGAACAUCAGCGACAACAUCAUGCCGUGGAGCCUGGGGCCCCUGACUCUCUGCCGCGACCCGCGGAGCCGCAACUUUGGGCUAGCCUUUGCCCUGCUAUCGCGGCGCGGCUGCCAGAGCCAGUACGACUUCUUGUACGCGCUACACGGGAUCGUGACGGGCUCGGCGACGGCGGCCGCCUCGGCCGUGGAGCUGCAGCGCGGCAGCUGGGACGAGCGCUACCGCCGCAUUGCCCUGGGCUGCGUCGAGGCCGGCGACUACACCCCGCUGCUGAUGACGCCCGAGUGGGCGCCCGGGGACAUCGAGCCCGACGUGCGCUGGAUGCCGGCCAACAACAUCAACGAGGGGUACCACGACCACUACGCGUACCUGCUGGGCCCCAUGACGACACCGCCGCGCCACCACGCCGAGACGACCGUCGAGCAGGGCGGGGGGAGCCCCCGCGAGGGCAGGGUAACGAUGCGACUGCAGCGGGCCGGCGUGGUCUCGAGGCUGAUUCUCUUCCACGAGCUGGCGAUGGAGGACAUGAUGCGUGAGGUUGCCCAUAGCCUAGCCGAGCCGACCGUGGAGGCGUUUCUAGAUGCGUACGGGACGCGGCACUAUUUCCAGCCGCGGGACAAGCUCCUGCAGUCGCUCUCGCAGCACCCGGGCGGAUACGAGCGGCUGGAACGGACAGUGGCAGCCCUGGCUGAGAUAGAGCCCGGGAAACCCUGGCCUGGCGAGGGGGGGUGCAAGUGCGAGAAGUGCCAAGACGAGGCCUGGCAGAUUGGAGAGACCAGAGACGGGGACAAUAGCGACAAGGAGCAGGACGAGAAGGCAGACAGCACAGAAGGCGAGAAGAGUGACAAUGGCAGCGCCAAGAGCAGUCUCAAGGACAAAGACUGCAAGAGCAAAGACGACAGGUUCUACACAUUCUGGGGCGCCAUGCACGCCCUCGGCCUCGACGAGACCGCGCAGGCCGACUACCAGGUCACGUACGCAAACGUGCUGCACCUCACGUGGCGACGCUACUACGCCUGGGCCACGUGCCAGUCGUGCGGCGCCUCGUCCAUGGUCAACGCGGGCUUGUACGUCAAGGAGGAGGACGCUCUCGGCGCGACCAUGCACCGUAUUCCCGGGCUGGGGUUCGAGCGCUCGCUCGAGGACGGCGUCUGCCUGCUGCUGGGGCCCGACGGCGGCGACGGCGCCGGCCGCCGCGUCGUCGGGCGCGCCGUCUGGGCCACGCCCGCGUGCGCGUGCCAGGGGCUCGACGAGCUGGUCGCGGUGCGCCUGCCGAGGCUGCCGAGGCCCAAGCCGCGGGAGUUGUUUCUCCGUGCGCUGGGGCGGAUCUGA